GAUUGCCAUAUACUAAAUCAAGAUUGGUAGACAAAGAUUGGUAGACAAAGAUUCGAGUAAGUACAUCUCAUCCAAUAAAGAAAUCCCAUUCAGCUUGGCACGUUGUGAGAGGCCUUCCUCUCUAAUCAAAUAACAUGUCACCCACACACACUUAACCUCCUUUGCCCCUCAUCAUAUCUCAACUCCCCACACCUCCAAAUUCCAUUCUCUUUUCCAUUGUUAAUAAUCCCAAAAUUCAAUAUUCAAUAUUCGAAACAAAAAAUGGGGCGGAGCAAAGGAAAUCUACGGUGGGGAUUCAUCCGAAGAAAGCUUUUCCGAUCGUCAUCUCAUCAUCAUAACCACCAAGAAAGCAACGCAAUUAUCGUUCUCCACACCAACAUUAGUGGAAGCAGCUUCAACAGCAGCGCCUACGAAGACACCGACAAUGCCGCUUCACAUUUCAUGUACACCGAAGACAUGGCCGCCAUCACAAUUCAAACAUUCUUUAGGGGUCACCUUGCGAGAAGGGCUUAUAGGGCGUUGAGAAGUCUGGUGAAGCUGCAAGCGCUUGUUCGUGGGGUGGUAGUGAGAAGACAGGCGCGCAUAGCUCUGCACUGCAUGCAAGCGCUCGCCCGCCUUCAGAUUACUGUUCGAGCUCGCCAGCUACUUCUCAUCAAUAAUUGACGGUUCUGAUUUUCUUAUAUAUUUUUUUCGUUUCUAUCAGCUCUAAUUAUACUCAUGGUACGAUAAAAUUACUCCGAAAGAAUUCCUAGUGUGUCUCGUGAUUGUAACAGACUCCUCGUUUCAUUCUUUUUUUUUUUCUUUUGUUUGUUGAGUUACUAAUCGAAAAGUCUUGUUUCA